AUGUCGGCACUCGAAUACGACGAUAGCAGUUCGCUGCACCUAUUCAGUCUUUCUUCGCUAGGAAAUCUGCUCAAUGACCCAGACGUCGAGGGAGCUCAACUGGACUUCGACGAACUCGGGAGUGUGGGGGCGAGUGCGGAAAAGGACAUCAAAUUAUACUUUAAUCCUUCUCUCCAUUCGGCUGGGAUUGUCUGUGGAAACUCGAAAUCAGCGUCGAAUACAUUCAUAAAGCGCAUCAUUAAAUCACAUCUACGCCUCGCCGAUGCGCGUGUGCUCAUCCUACAUACAGACAACGAAAAUCCCAUUCCUACUGCAUGUCCACUUGCUUCGGACUUUGCUGAUCAAGGCUGUAAAACGUAUAUCUCACCACGCAGACCAUUUAGCAUCUCACAACUCUAUGCAAACUCCGGUUCUCCCAGUAACGGGCUCGUAGAGUCGUUAUCAUUCAAGGAAGAGGACAUUUCCAUCAAGCAUGUCCUCCAGUUUUUUACACCGGAUCCAUAUAUUACAGCGUCACUCACAAACUCGAGAGAGAAGAACAGGGUUUCAAGCACGAUAACCCAUAUUUUGAGUCAAAUUUCCGAGCCGUUUGAUCUCGUUCGCUUCAACGAGCUUAUCGGGGAAGAAAAGUGGGAUGAAGAGGGCGAAACCCAUGUAGCUAUUCGCCAGACGCUUCUCACGAGCCUUAUUUCAGCGUUAGCUGGCACCGAAUUCGAGGAGGAUGGCAGAGGUGCAAUCAAAUUUAGUGCCGUAACCUUAAUCGAUCUCACAGACCCCAUCUUGCAUGCCCUUCGAGUCGAUACAGUCUUGAUGGACAUGGUUCUCACGGCAUUCCUCUCCCAGACGGCGGAAAGUCCAAAACUCAUCGCCUUGAAUAACUCUCACGAAUAUCUUGGUUUUGGCAGCUCAUUCGAACGGUCUAUCGCACACCUUUCGUCGGAUAGACACACAAAGCGCAUGUCGCUCCUUCUUUCGACUCCAGACCCGAGUUCAAUUACACAAGAGGCGUGGAAUGCACUCGACUAUGUCGCCUGUACAGGCGCAGCGAGUUCUGCAUGGAGUGAAAUGCUUCGGCGCCACUUAUCAGUCCAAGAGAAGUUCGCUUCCUCAAACUCUCUGGACAUUGGGAGUUUCGGUCCUGGAGAAGUAUGCAUAAUUCCAGCGAGAGGGUUUAAUGUACCGAAAGAUUAUGGAGAGAAUUCCCCGUGGUGCACGAGAAUAGCCGCGCAGGAACUGAACAGGACGACGACGCUACUGUCGAAACGGGUAGUAGAUACAAAUACAACAGCAGACAAUGUUCAAGGACCAAAGGGAGCAUGGAAGGGUUUGCCAUGGGCACAGAUUGCCCAGCCUUUUGUUCCCAGACGAUCGGACCCACCCGAGAACUUACUCCCCCCUGCAAGUCCGCCUUUCAUAUCUGCUCCUGCUCGAUCGCCAUCACCACCACUAAAGCACACAAGCACCUCUAAAGUACAGGUUGACAACUCGACACAAGCCAUGCCACCUUCCAUGAACUUGGACGCCUUUCCUGUCCCAUUUCGUCCCUUGGUAUCUGGGAUCCUGAUACUUUCCAGCGGAAAGCUUGACACACUCGUUGAUUAUCUCGAAUUGCGCACGCAGGUUGGGAAUAAUCGCGUCGUAAAAGCCAUGGGAUGGGGUUCGUUUACGCAGCUUGUCCGAGAGGCAGCUGCGGCCGGAUAUGUGGACCAUCUGGUUCGCAAAGGGUUUGAUCGUGUACGGCUGAGAAAGGAUCCGUUUGCUGGUCCUGGAUGGAAUGGUACAACGGGCUUGUCGAACGCACAGGCUUCAAGGUCGCCACCACCCGUGCCGAUAGACCCGAUGUGGUACCCGUCCAACUAUCAGAAACUCAUGACCGCCGUCGUCUCUCUCAGCCGUGGAGUCGUUCAUACCCGCAUUAACUUUGAGGAUGUGCGAAGUUUGAUUGGGAAAAAGGCAGAGAUUAAAAAGAUGGGGUGGGCUACCUUUACAAGCUGGGUAGAUGCAGCGCAGGAUAAAGGGUACAUUCGAACAGGAGGUUCGGAGAGCAAAUGGAUUAUACUCUUGCCGUUCAACCGAAAUACCUGA